AUUGGCGUUCCUGUGCCAUGAUCAUGGCAUGUGUGUUAAAGCGGGCAUUCAAAGAUGAGUACUCAGUGAAUCUGAUUAAAGCUCCAGAAGUGCCAGUGAUCUCUGGAGCUUUCUGUUAUGAUGUAAUUUUGGACAAUAGACUGAAUGACUGGAAACCAACAAACGACAGCUUCCGUUCUCUUACAAGAGAUGCCAGAAAGCUAAUUCAUAAAGACCUGCCAUUUGAAACACUGCAUGUUGAAGCAAAAGUAGCACGUGAAAUGUUUCAGCAUAACAGCUACAAAAUGGAGAUGAUAGAACGAAAAGCUUCUCAGAAUGUGGAAGGAAUUGUAACGUUACAUAGGUUUGGUGACUUUGUAGAUGUUAGUGAAGGCCCUCAUAUUCCAAGGACAAGUUUCUGUUUCCAGUAUGAGAUAACGGCAGCCCAUAAUCUUCAGACUAACCAAUCUGAAUUGAUUAGGAGGUUCCAGGGUGUGUCCCUGCCAAUCCAUUUGAAGGCUCACCACACCGUGUGGCACAAACUGCUGGAAAGAUCGAAGAGGCUGGUCACCGAAGAAGAAUAUUUGGAAGCAGCAGCAGAAUGUCAUGAGACAAAAGAUGGAACUGAAGAAGGAAAAACUGUAUCAAUUUAAAUUAACUUUAACCUCUAAAUGUACAUAAUAAAAU